CGGAGGGCGGGGCCGCGCGGGCCUUCCCCGGGCCGAGCUGCGCUGCGGGGUUUUGGCCAAAUUGGGCACAAAAUAGCCACUUACCCCUUCUCACCGAGGAAGAGCGGGAGAAAGGGUAUGGCGCCGGCUCAAGGCUGGGUGAGACGGUACUUCAAGGCCUUCUGUAAAGGCUUCUUCGUGGCGGUGCCGGUGGCCGUGACCUUCCUCGAUCGGGUGGCCUGCGUGGCGCGAGUGGAGGGAGCAUCCAUGCAGCCCUCGUUGAAUCCUGGAGGGAGCCAGUCGUCUGACGUGGUGCUUCUGAACCACUGGAAAGUGAGGAACUUUGAAGUCCAACGUGGUGACAUUGUGUCAUUGGUUGAUUACGGCUCUCAGCGACUUGCCAAAUUGAUGGGACUUGGCAGGAGAAAAAUAAGCAGUUGAAAAUGCGGGAGAUGAAGUUUUCCGGGUUUCACAGCAUCACUGCGCUAAACUGCUGACGUGGAGCGAGACACGCUCACCUGUGGCCUUGCUGUGUGUGCACGCGGGUGGUUUCGGGGGGCCAUGGAACAGUGGGAUCCUUGCACUAAGUGAGCUGCUGUCACUCGUGACUUGUGUGAUUCCCUUGGCAUUUCAUUGUCUAAAACCAUAUCCCACUUCACCAUUGUAUUUGUUACUAUUAUAGCAGAUCCAGGUGCACGCGCUGUCAGACUCACUCCUCAAUGCUGCCUGGUGGGCCCAGGUGUGGCUGUGACAAUGCUUCUGUCCCUCAAGGCGACUCGAAAUCCUUCGGUGCUUCGUUACUUUAUUCUUUUCACUGGUUUCCACUCGCUGCGUAAGGGGGGCUGACUGUAAUGAAAAAAGCCAGAUCUGAUGGACAGCGUCAAUGAUCAGUUGUCCGACCCCCUGGCCUACGCUAGCUCUGGCCACAGAGCAGUACUGCCUGGGAAAUUGGGGUCAGGCAGACCCAUGUGUCCCCCCCAGUGCGGUCCCCUGUCUUCCUACCACGCCAGCUGCAGGGGCCUGAGGGGUGCUUCACGCUGGUCCCCAGCCGGCUGGGGUUCUUCAUCAUCUCACACACUUGGGCUCUCCAUGCCUGGUGUUAAGAUCCAUUUUAUUCCCUUCCUGACACAGAAUUUAAACAUACUCUUUUCUGUCACUUCCACAAUGUCAAUAUAUGACUAGCUGACUAAUCCGAUGAAUUGGUUAAAGAGGAUGUGUUCACUGAUUAAAGGUCAUAACUUGCACCUGAA